AUUUGGAAAAGCAAAACGCCCAGCCAAUCAUGCGGCUAGGACCGUUCCUUUGGCACGGCCGCAUCUGCGGAUGCACUCAGUCAGCGCGACCCACAUCCGAGAUGCGCGCAGUGUCGUAUGUAUGUGCCUCAGAGUGGGAUUGGCAGCCUCCCAUCCUCUGUUCUUUGUCUUGUACUCUAUGCACACCGUCUCGCAUCUCUAGCACUUUCACAGUUCCUUAACAAUGUCGUCUAGUAGCUCUCUCCCGCCUACCAAGCAUUUUGCGGCCGUUGGAUGGCAGGUCACUAGCUGCAUCAUUCAUCUGCUUGGCGUAUCGGCCAUGUCCUUCCUACUUUCGCGCAGGCUCAUGCGCGAACACUUCACAUGGCACGGACUCAAGCGUAUUGCGCUUCCACGACUCCUGGUGAUUCUCACAUUGGUGGACUCGUGGGCGUUCUUGUUUACAGCUGGUGUCCUCAUUCAAGGAGCGGGACUUCGGCUCAACGUGACAGUCUGUUCGCUCGCCAUCUUCAACUGCAUAGCGUUUUACGCUUCGUCGAAGAUUUUGAUCUACUGGUUUCUAAUCGAGAAAAUCCGCGUCGUCUGGAGCCCAAUACCGAACGCCAGUCGGCUUAAAUCCCCAGUUUACAUCGUAUGCGCGAUUGAUGGGUACUGCGUGAUCGGGCUGAAACGCCCGGCGUCGGUCCUGCUCCUCUCUUACGACCUAUCGAUCAACAUUUUAUUCACGUCGCUAUUCCUGUGGCCUCUGUACCGCGCGACGUUCCGCAGCGCACGCGUGCGUCAAGUUGCUGUUCGCACACUCUGGGCCGCCGCCGUUGCUCUCACCACGUCGUGCGUCAACAUUCUCGUGCUGACGCUUAUGAAGGGCAAGCAGCUAGGCUGGGUCUGCCUGGACAGCUGCGGGACAGACGUUAUCAUCAACGCCAUCGUGCUCUUCUGGGUGACCUCUAAACGCAACGAGUCCGGCUCGGAAGCAGCGCCUCCCCAGGAGAUCCCCACGCACGUCUCCAACUCCCGACAGAGUGGAAUCCAGCCCAGCAUACUGAGCGGCUCUUUGUCCCGUAUGCCCUUCGUGCAUACGCGCCGUGGGAGGGACAAGCAGUUGGUGCACUCGACAGAUGUGAAGGCCGCUCCGUCGGAGGUGAUCGUGCUGCCGCCGGUCGAGGUGGAGAAGGACGUCGAGAUGGCCGCUGUGGCGAAAGAGGGUGAGAGUAUGGAGGUGCAGGAGCCGGAUAGGAAACCGCAGCCAGAGAGUGGUGGGCUGCUUAGUAGGACGGUGGCUACGCUGUUCGGAAGGACGAACCGCUCGAUGCCGCAGGAUAUCGAGAUCGUCGUCACGAGGCACUGCGAUGUUCUUCACGAGGGGAUACGAAAUGAUUGCCAUAUGAACAGGAUGAGCGCGGCAGAAGAUGCGACAUAACGAGAGGAGAGGAUCAGUCUGUUGUGGGGAAGACCGUUUGGGUAACCGAUCACUAUCGCCGUAAAUACCUGCAAGCUA